AUGACUUUAAUCGAUGAAAAUGACAAGCAAUCUGUUCCAGUAACAAAGAGAAUUGAUGAAAUUAAUCAACAACGUCUUCGAUUUAGGGAAUUUGCUGGUGAUUCCAUUAGUCAAAGUAGCAAAUUGGCGAGAUAUGCGGAAGAUGUCAUAGUUUUUGCCGAGUGUUGCGGAGAUAAUAGAUUUUCUAAAGAAGAUCUCUUGGAAUUGUUGAAAUUCCGUUUAGAUAAUGCUAAACAAAAUAAAGCAACAACUGAAGAAUUACAAUUAAAGAUUAAACAUAUUAUAGAAGAUUUAGGAGAUAUCAAUGAUCAAUUAGUAAUUUAUACAGAAGAUAUUAAAAAGAAUCCUAGAUUACUUGAUUCAGAGACGAAAAGUACGUUAUCACGAAAAGAAGCUACCAAAGAAAAAUUAUCCGACACUGCAAAGGCAAAUGCAGCCAUCGCACUGGGAGGUUUAAUUUGUUCUUGCAUUGCUGCACCUUUUAGUGGUGGAACUUCACUUAUAGCACCAAUCGCAGCGAUUUGUGUUGAUGCUGGUAUAUUUUUGACUACAGCAGGAUCCUCUUUAGCCAUAAGUACUAAAUUAUUAGCAAAUUCUGAAAAUAGUAAUAUCGCAAGUCUUGAUAGAAAAUUAAGAUUAGAAAGAGAUGGCUUGAUUGAAAAUAUUCGUGAAUCAAAUAAUGAUAUUCAAAGAAUUAGGGAAACUUGUCGAAAAUUUUCAAUUUUUUGGCAAGAACAGAUUGAUUCAAUCAAUAAUCUUAUUAACAAACUUAGCUCUUUGAGUAAUUUGGAUGAUGGAGAAUUACGAAAUAUUAGGAUGAUUUCAGUUGGUAUUUCGAAAUCGUGGAAGAAUGUGAGUAAAGAAUGUAAAACAUACAAUCAAAUUAUGUGGUCUUUACUUGAUAAUGAUGGAAUUUUGAAAAUUCAGUAA